GUUCAUAAGAGACGUUCUUAUCCACGUAUGACUGGAAAAAAAUCCCGUCGAGAAAAGCUAGCUUGCUAUGCAAAUUGCAAAAAUGGAGUCUUUAUCAUCCCUUCUGCUUUUGUAAAACAACCUUCAAACUUCCAUUCAAAUGAACUUUCUUCACUUCUUUUCUCUCUGUAAAAAGUAUUGAACUUUACCAUGACAACAGUUGCUCAAUUUUCCAUAAAUUUACUACAACGACCCAGUUAUUGUUUCUCUAAUUUAAGUUCAAGAAAAAUAUUAAUUUGUAGUAGUUGGAACAAAUUAGGAGGUUUUAAGGAGAGUAAAAAUGGGAUUUUAAUGAAGGAGGAGAGAUGGGGUUGUGAGAAGAUUGUGAAAGCAGGAGAUUUUAGGGAGAAAUAUUCAUUCUUGAUAGGCAAAAAUGGGGGUUUUAUGAAGGAGAAAAGAAAGUUUUUUGUGAAAUUAGGAGCUUUUAGGGAGAAAGGCUCAUACUUGACAGGUAAAAAUGGGAUUUUGAUGGAGGAGGAGAGAAGGGGUUGUGAGAAGGGAAGGAGAUUUGUGAAAGCGGGAGCUUUUAGGGAGAAAGACUCAUUCUUGAUUGGUAAAAAUGGGAUUUUUGUGAAGGAGAAGAGAAUGGUUUUGGUGAAAUUCAAACAAGGUUUUGGAUUUGAUGGGAUUGGUGAUGGUGGUGGUGGUGGUGGGAGGGAUAAUAGUGAGACAGUGAGAGUGUUGAGUAAUCUUGUUCUAGCAAUUGGGCUUACUUAUCUCACUAUGACUGGCCAGCUUGGUUGGGUCUUGGAUGCUAUUGUUUCUGUUUGGAUCCUUGUAGUUCUACUUCCAAUUUUAGGUUUGGGAGCUUUUAUUUGGUGGGCUGGACGAGAUAUAGUUCAAGGCACUUGUCCAAACUGCGGGAAUGAUUUUCAAAUUUUCAAGUCUACUUUAAAUGAUGAGGUUCAGCUUUGCCCUUUCUGUACUCAGCCAUUCUCAGUUGCUGGUAAUAAGUUCGUGAGAGAUCCAGUAACAUUCUCCAACCAGUCAAAUACAUUUGGUCAAGCAUUCAGUGACUUCAGUACUUCAAAGAAAGGCAAGGAAUCCUCUAUCGGAGUUGUUGAUAUAGAAGCAGAAGUUAAAGACGUGGACUAGGCAGUGGUCACCAGUCAUACAGUAGCACAUGAGAUUCUGGGGAAGCAGCAGCAGCUGAAUGGGAUGAAGACAGGAGCAUCCCGCGUUGGAACAGAGAGAAACUUUUCAUAAGUACUAUUCUGUCAUGAAAUACCAAAGAACGCCACGUUUAGCAUAGCUUGUCAUGCAUGGUAGUACAUGACUACUGUUGCGAACGCAUGGUCAACAUCUUAUAGAAUAUUUCUGAUUAUGUUAGAAAAAAAGUGGUGAUACCAUUGAACUUGAUUGCAGUUGCUCCACAGUAUACAAUAGCAUACGAUUGUUUAUCAUGUUUGUAAAAAUACUUUCUAGCUUUUCAUCAGCUGAGGUUGCUGAUUGUAAAUGUACAACAAUAUAUUCAAUGUAACCUGUUCUUCGUCUUUUGUUGUAUACCAAGAAAAAUUGUACCUUAAAACCUUUUUCUAAGUUUACUUUUUGAGACUUCC